UCAACCUGCCCCAGUAUGUCCUACUGUACCAACCGCAUGUUCACCACAAUCUUUCUCCUCCUCAAACAGUCACUGCGCCGUUUACUCGGGCUUCAGGCCAUUUUUUUUUGGCUUCCAACGCGGCCGCAUUUGCUACAAAAGAAACCCGGAACGUUUUCUUCUGAACUCCAGGCGAGUUGGAUAAGCGCAGUGCCUCUGCGGAGCUCGGUCAACAUGCUGGGGAUCUGCGUGUGUCUCUGUGCGCUUUUCACUCAGGUCGCUUCUCAGGAGACCGAGGAGCCCAUCUCCUACACAUGCACAGAGGGCUACAAGUAUGAUGAAGUUAGAGAACAGUGCAGAGACAUUGAUGAAUGUAAACUAUUAGAAGAUGCCUGUAAGGGAGGGAUGCAGUGUAUCAACAACUUUGGUGGAUACCUCUGCCUCCCCAAGAACGCUGUCAUAUAUGUUACUAAGGAGGAAAGUGAGCAGGUACCCCUGCCCGACCCAGUGCCAGAAGUCCCUGCCAUCCCUCCAAUUCCUGCUCAUCUUCCCGUACCUGUUCCAGGCGGUCCCAGGGACUCCCCGGCUGCUCGGACCAUUCUCUGUUCAUCUGGUUUCACUGCGGACGAACAGAACCUCUGCAGAGACAUAGAUGAAUGUGCAACAGGCCGGCACACUUGUGGACCUGAACAGACAUGCUACAACACCAGAGGGUCUUUCAUGUGCCAGUGUCUUCCAGGCUAUCUCAGGAACGGAGACCGCUGUGUUGAUCGAGAUGAGUGUACAAUGGGCCACUACUGCAUGCAGAGAUGUGUGAAUGUCCAGGGCUCUUACUACUGCGAAUGCAAAGCAGGUUACAAGUUGGCCAACAACAACCACAGCUGUGUUGAUGUGAAUGAAUGUGAUCUGCAGGCCCCCUGUCAGCAUCACUGUUACAACCUGAUUGGCUCCUUUCUCUGCCAGUGUGACCACGGCUUUGAGCUGGCAGCAGACAUGGUCUCCUGUGAAGACAUAGAUGAAUGCAGCUUAUCGAGUUACAUGUGUCAGUACCAGUGUGUUAACACACCUGGAAGUUACGCCUGUGAGUGCCCACAAGGAUAUCAGCUCCAGGGAAACAGACUAUGUCAGGACAUUAAUGAGUGUGAGACAGGAACCCAUGAUUGCCAAGCUGAUGAAAUGUGCUGGAAUUACUAUGGGGGCUUCCGGUGCUAUCCCAGAAACCCAUGCGAGUCACCUUACACACAGACAUCUGAAAACCGCUGUAUCUGUCGAUCUCAGGCUGACUGUGAGGGUAUCCCACCAUCUAUAGUCUACAAAUACAUGAGCAUCCAGGCAGACCGAUCUGUGCCAGCAGAUAUUUUCCAGAUCCAAGCCACUAGCAUAUAUGCCAACACGCACAACACCUUCAGGAUUAAAGCAGGAAACGAGGCUGGAGAAUUUUUUCUCCGGCGUUCUGGUAAUGCAAGCGCCAUGCUUGUGCUGACCAAGCCUUUGUCCGGACCAAAAGAGUAUGUCGUGGAUCUGGAGAUGGUCACCCACCACCUGACUAUGAACUACCGUGCCAGCUCAGUUCUGCGACUCACCAUCAUAGUGGGACCUUACCCCUUUUAAGCAGAGCACACCGAUCUGGUUUCGCUUCACACAGUAAAUGUCUGUUUCAGCACAGUAUACUUCACUCAGUACUUGCAAAUCAUUGGUUGCCUGACUUCUGUAGAUACUCGUGCAGGCUUCAGUCACACCACACUUUGCUAUAAUGGGACAACAAGGCAUUUUUGCCUGGUAAGCCCUUCAUUUCUAAUGAUGGUCUUUUCAAAUUUUAUGUAAAUGAAAAAAAAAAAAAAAAUUUUUUUCAGAUAAAAGGGCAAACAGCAAUGAAAUUUACUAGAAGUAUCGAGUAGACCCAAAGUUUUCUGUACCAACACUUGUUUUUUGCUACACAUCUGUGCAUUAGCUGUAAAUAAGAAGCAGUAUAUAUUACUAACCCUUGGCAUCAUCAGCAUUUUAAUACGACUUAUUUACUCUUUUUAAAUCCCUGCUUCUGUUAAUAAUAUUAAGGGCUGCUGCACCACAGUAUUUGUACAAGUUGUAUAGGUUUGCACACGUUUCUAUUUCCAGUUUGGUCCAAAAACAGCUAAAAGUGUAAAGAGGUUGUAAUUAACCUUUGAGGAGAGAGAAAGUUCACUUGUGUAACAACAUGGACUACCCUCACAGGAGCAUGUACAUACCUAGGUUACAGAUCUGUGUGUUUGUGUGUGGGUGUGUGUGUGUGUGUGUGUGUGUGUAAUGUUAAUGUAUGUAUACAAAAGGCUGCAAGAAAAUGUGAGAGUGAAACACAGAGAGGGCAGAAGGGGAAAGAGUGAGAAGGAGCUCGGUUUGGUGCAUAUGGUUCAGUUGUUUAGGUCUUUCUGUGAUGCCAUCCCCAAAGUCACAGAGGCAAUAACAAGAGAUCUUUGAACUUAAGAACAUGUACAGGAAAUUACAGCUUUCAUAACACACCUUGGCAAACAGGCCGCUCACUGGUGCCACACAUUUUCUCCAGAGGAGCAGCUGGACCUUCUAAUGUCGGUUCCAGUUAAGAAGCAACACUGGCACUAGGCAGGCUUGCAUGAGGAAGAUAAUUGAAGUGUUUUGCCUUUUAGUAGGUUUAUGUGUGACACGAUGGAUUAUCAAAGUGGUAAAGUAAUGCCACCAGACUUUUGGCAGACCUUGCAAUGUUCCUUGAGAGGCAGUGCUUCUCCAAAAUGUGUGUGUGCUCCAGCUCUUUGCUGAACAACUGAAAAGUAACCGAGCUUUGCCUGCAAAUCUUUCCAAUAAGUGUUGGCAACAGUGCUUUAGAGGUGAAGUAUAAACAUAAAAAUGUUAUCCUCGUCUAAUUAUUAAUGCUGUCAAGACUGUUAACUUUCCUCAGUGAGAGGAUAUGCCUUAGUUUUUCUCCUCUAUUUAAAAUAUAUUUUACCUAUGUACCCUGUAUUGAUUGUACUCUGAAAAGCAAAAGCUAUAUUGUCAAAUAAAAUCUGAUUGAAAAACAGG